GCUGUUCAUUUGUCAAAAAUUUGUCUUUGGAGUGCCAAUUGUUAAAAUAAAACAAAUUUUGCACAUAAACACCGCUCGCUUGCUCACUUGUUGGGUCCGUAAUUGAAUAGCUAAACAAUGCUCAGAAAUAUUUGUAGGACGCCUGGGCAACGGUUGACCCUGACGGCGGCAGCAUCAGCCCGUUGGGUGCAUUUAAGCAGCAAUAGAGCUGCCACGGCUGCUUGCGGAACAGAUGGAAAGUCAGCUGCCACAGACAAGCAGCAGCCAUUACGGCCACGUGCUAAUGCACUGACCGAUGAAAUCAUACGGGUCGAUCAUGCCGGCGAACUGGGCGCUGAUCGUAUCUAUGCCGGCCAAAUGGCCAUACUGGGCAACGGACCCAUGGGUAAGACUAUUGAGCAUAUGUGGGAGCAGGAGAAGGACCAUCGCAAGCGUUUCGAGAAUCUAAUUCAACAACAUCGUGUUCGUCCAACCAUUAUGACACCAAUCUGGAAUGUGGCUGGAUUUAUGUUGGGCGCCGGCACGGCCCUCAUGGGCGAAAAGGCGGCCAUGGCCUGCACAGUAGCUGUCGAAACAGUCAUUGUAGAGCAUUACAAUGAUCAGCUGCGUCAAAUCAUGGAAUCACCCAAUCCCGACAAGGAACUGCUAGAGACCAUAACGAAAUUUCGCGACGAAGAGCAGGAACAUCACGAUACGGGCAUCGAGUGUGGUGCCGAACAGGCACCGUUCUACAAAGCAAUGACCGAAGUCAUCAAGAUCGGCUGCAAGACGGCCAUAGCCAUAUCCAAGAAAAUUUAAAUUGGCUCCAAUCUGCCGAUUGCUCAACGCUGUGGCUCCUUUCGUGUACAUACUUACUAUAUAACUCCCAAAUUGUUUCGUUUUUAGCAUUUAGGGUAUAAGUAUUAAAGAUAAAUGUGUAAUAUAUAAAAUUUUUGUACUUAUAUAA